UAGGUUCGUGAGAGACCGGAACCGAUCCGAACCUACCACUCCUGAAUUCGUUUUGACUUUUUUCAUACUGUGAAAGUCGUAAUGUAAACCGGUAAACCCUAAAAUUAUUUUCACCCUCAUGGGACCUCAAAAAUCCAACGAAGAAAUUACCUACAGAUCAUCGACCUCGAACAAAGCUUGAAAUUGAAGGCAUACAUCCAUCACGAUUGAACAUGAAGUCAUAAACAGGAUCUUACAAUCACCAACUACAGAACAAUUCAAGUCAUUCUUUUUUCAAGAAGAAUCUGUUGAAUUAGGUGAAAAGGAAUGGGAUUUGGGAAGAGGAACAGAGCAGCAGUUGUGGUACUUGGUGAUAUUGGUCGCAGCCCUCGUAUGCAAUACCAUGCCCUCUCUCUUGCUCGCCAGGCAAAUCUUGAGGUGGAUAUUGUUGCAUAUGGAGGCUCAGACCCACAUUCUGCUCUAUUGGAGCACCAAUCUAUACAUAUUCAUACAAUGAGGCAAUGGGGAUCAAGAGAUGGAAUUUUACCAAAAAUAUUUCGUCCACUCAUGCUUUUGCUAAAGCCAUUGAUUCAAUUCAUUAUGCUGCUUUGGUUUCUCUGUGUUAAGAUAAAAGCCCCCGAUGUAUUUCUAGUUCAAAAUCCACCUUCUGUUCCAACUUUAGUUGCAGUAAAAUGGGCCAGCUGGAUAAGGAGAUCAUCAUUCAUAAUUGAUUGGCAUAAUUUUGGAUAUACUUUGCUUGCAUUAUGUCUUGGUAGAAGUAGUCGUUUUGUAUCAGUAUAUCAUUGGGUUGAAUUACAUUUUGGGAAGAUGGCAAAUGGAGCUUUAUGUGUCACAAAGGCAAUGCAACAUGAAUUGGAUCAAGUUUGGGGAAUCAAAGCCACUGUGUUAUAUGAUCAGCCUCCUGAGUUUUUUCGCCCUGCUCUUCUUGAAGAAAAGCACAAGUUAUUUUGUAGAAUUAAGAAAGAUAUGUUCAAGCCAGAUGGUCCCACAGAUUGCAUCAGCUAUGGAAUAACUAUCAAGGACAUGCAAGAUCCAAAUACAACUCUAUUUACAAACAAGAUUGGAGAAAGCUAUUAUGACUUGAAGCAAAAUAGGCCUGCACUUAUUGUCAGCAGUACAAGCUGGACUCCAGAUGAGGAUUUUGGGAUUCUUCUAGAAGCAGCAGUGAUGUAUGAUAGACGUGUAGCUGCAUUACUAAAUGAGAAUGAUUCAAAUGGGGAAGAAGUGUUAUGGAAAGCCAUUGAUGAUGGAAAUACAUUUUUAUACCCAAGGUUGUUAUUUGUUAUAACCGGGAAAGGCCCUGAGAAAGAGAAGUAUGAAGAGAAGAUAAAGAAAUUGAAUCUGAAACGUGUUGCUUUUCGUACCAUGUGGUUGACACCAGAGGAUUAUCCUUUGCUUCUUGGAUCAGCUGAUCUUGGGGUUUGCUUGCAUACAUCUUCUUCUGGGUUGGAUCUCCCAAUGAAGGUUGUAGAUAUGUUUGGAUGUGGUCUACCUGUUUGUGCUGUUUCUUAUUCUUGCAUCACAGAGCUUGUAAAAGUUGAUACAAAUGGCUUACUCUUCUCUUCAUCAUCAGAGCUUGCUGAUGAACUCAUGAUGCUUUUUAAGGGUUUUCCGGAUGAAUGUGAUGGUUUGAAAGAGCUAAAGAAGGGGGUUUUGGAGAUGGGAUUGUCUGCCAGGUGGGCGAAUGAGUGGGAAGCAAAUGCAAAGCCGUUGAUAUCCAAGGUGAUUUCUGGUGACGUGAAUAGUUCGGUUGAUUUGAUUUGAAGUUGAUAUGUUAGUGAUUUUUGGGAAGAGAUUUUGGAAUUUGGUGUUUUUAUACGAAUAUAAAGAUUGUAACAUCCUAUUGUGAAAAAUAAAACAUUCAGAACAAAAAAAUAUCAUCAAUAUAUACCUGUCGUAAUUAAGUAUAUAAUCAACCAUUUGUGACUACAA